CAACUUCAAUUAGUUUCAAAACAUUCGUUCAACGGUCAUCAUCGAAGCAUGUCGUCGCGUUCGGUGCAAAUAGUUAAUGCGUUUUGCAUAUUAACUACGUUAAUUGUCGUUACUGAUUCAGCACGUAUACUUGGUCUAUUUGCGACGCCAUCAAAAAGUCAUUUAAUCAUUCACACUGCAAUUGUUGAUGCAUUGGUUGAGCGGGGACAUGACGUCACAGUGGCUACUACUAUUCCCUUGAUCAAGAAAAACCAUCGAUUUCGUCAUGUUCAGCUGGAUCCUCCGGUAGGAGUUGAACAAUUUAUGUCCUCAGAAAUUAACGAUCCUCCACCAUUUUACAAGAAAAUUACGAAAAUUGCUAAUUUUCUCACAGACUAUUCCGAACAGAGUUUAAAUCAAACAAAAAUGAGGAAAUUAAUGGACGAAGAGUCUUAUGAUCUGGUCAUUCUGGGAUAUUUUAUGAGUGAUUUAAUGCUGGGCGUUGCAGCGCAUUUUAAGUGUCCAGUUGUUGUGUCGUUUAUGAUCCAAACUAAUAGCAUGACCAACUAUCUUGUUGGUAAUCCAAAUGAAGUUUCUUAUGUUCCGAGUAUAUUUCUUGGAGUGAAACAACCAAUGGGAUUUGUGAAUAGAUUGAAGAAUUUUCUUAUUGUGAAUAUUGUUGAAGAAAUGGUGAUGAAAAAUUUGUUUAAUUGGUAUCAAGAAGCUGUUUACACAGCAAACUUCCCUCCAGACAAAUAUCCACCAUUCGACGAAGUGAAGAAGAAUAUUUCCCUAAUUUUGACAAAUCAUCAUUUCAGUCAAACACCAAUUCGUCCAAAUGUCCCAGCUAUGGUAGAAGUUGGUGGAAUUCAAAUUAAAGAAAAACCAGAUCCAUUACCUGAGGAUAUAAAAGGCAUUUUAGACAAUUCAACCAAACACGGAGUUAUCUACUUCAGUCUUGGAUCAAAUGUAAAAGGUAGUUACUUAGAUACCUCAAAAGUCAAAAUCAUCUUUGAUGUCCUAUCGAAACUUCCACAUACCGUUCUCUGGAAAUGGGGCGACGCAGAAGUCCCCGGAACAUCACCAAACAUUGUCUACAAAAGUUGGUUACCUCAAGAUGAUGUCUUAAAUCACAAAAAUAUUAAACUUUUCGUCACUCAUGGUGGUCAAGGUAGUGUUGUUGAGUCUCAAUACCAUGGAGUACCAAUGGUUGGUAUUCCGUUAUUUGGUGAACAAUCUUCAAACAUGGAAAGUGUUGUUAAAGAUGGUUUUGGAUUAUCCGUUGACUAUCUAACUUUGAAUGAGAAAGAUUUUGACUACGCUGUGAAAGAAGUUUUGACAAAUCCGAAAUACACUGACAAUGUUCGAAGAUUUGCUAAAAUCUACAAAGAUCGCCCGAUGACAGCGAGGGAAACUGCUGUCUUUUGGGUGGAAUAUGUUCUGAGACAUCGUGGUGCUCCUCAUAUGCAAAGUCCUGCUGUCCAUUUGAAUGCGUUCCAAUUAAUGUCACUCGAUGUUAUUGGAUUUUUAUUGGCUGUGAUUUACGUUACCUACAAGAUUAUAAAAAUUGUAUUUAAAUUUUUGAUUGGUUUGUGUCGAAAGAAGAAAAGUAAAGUAGAGUCUCGAAUUCUCGGUUUAUUUUCGACAACAUCAAAAAGUCAUUUAAUCAUUCACACUGCAAUUGUUAAUGCCUUGGUAGAUCGUGGACAUAAUGUCACAGUGGCAACAACUAUUCCUUUAGUAACAAAAAAUCAUGGCUUCCGUCACAUUCAACUAGAUACUCCUUUUGGAAUUCAAAAUAUGCUGGCUUCAGAUAUAAAAAAUCCACCAAAAUGGUAUAAAAAGAUCAUAACAAUGUCCAACUUCUUGACAAAUUAUGCUGAAAAAACUCUAAAUCAAACAAAAAUUCAGCAACUUAUGGAUGAAGAAACUUUUGAUCUUAUUAUUCUUGGAUAUUUUAUGAAUGAUUUGUUAUUGGGUCUUGGAGCACAUUUUAAGUGUCCUGUUGUUGUGUCGUUUGUAGUUCGAUCUAUCAGUGCGACCAACUUUCUUAUUGCCAAUCCAAAUGAAGCAAGUUAUGUGCCAAGUUUAUUUCUUGGAGUCAAACAACCAAUGGAUUUUAUGACAAGAUUGAAGAAUUAUUUUGUUGUGAAUUUUAUCGAAGGUAUUUUUAUGGAGAAAUUGUUUUAUUGGUAUCAGGAGGCUGUUUAUAGAACAUACUUUCCGCCAAAUAAAUAUCCAUCUUUUGACGAAGUAAGAAAAAACGUUUCUCUACUUUUGACAAAUCAUCAUUUUAGUCAAACACCAAUUCGUCCAAAUGUCCCAGCUAUGGUAGAAAUUGGAGGAAUUCAAAUCAAAGAAAAACCAGAUCCAUUACCUGAGGAUAUAAAAAGCAUUUUAGAUAAUUCAACCCAACACGGAGUUGUUUACUUCAGUCUUGGAUCAAACAUUCAAGGCCAUAACUUAGAUACCUCAAAAGUCAAAAUCAUCUUUGAUGUUCUUUCGAAACUUCCACAAACUGUUCUCUGGAAAUGGGGUGAUGCAGAAGUCCCCGGAACAUCACCAAAUAUAGUCUACAAAAGCUGGUUACCUCAGGAUGAUAUUUUGAAUCAUAAAAAUGUUAAACUUUUCAUCACUCAUGGUGGUCAGGGUGGUGUUGUUGAGGCCCAAUACCAUGGGGUGCCAAUGGUUGGUAUUCCGUUAUUUGGUGAACAACAUUCAAAUAUGGAAAGUGUUGUUAAGGAUGGCUUUGGAUUAUCCGUGAAUUACCAAACCUUGACUGAGAAAGAUUUCCACAACGCCAUAAAUGAGGUUUUGACAAAUAAAAAGUACACAGACAAUGUUCGAAGGUUUUCUAAAAUCUACAAAGAUCGACCGAUGACAGCGAGAGAAACUGCUGUCUUUUGGGUGGAAUAUGUUCUGAGACAUCGUGGUGCUCCUCAUAUGCAAAGUCCUGCUGUUCAUUUGAAUGCAUUCCAAUUGAUGUCACUCGAUGUUAUUGGAUUUAUAUUGGCUGUGAUUUAUAUUAUUUACAAGAUUAUCAAAAUUGUAUUUAAGUUUAUGCUUCGUUUAUGUCAGAAGAAGAAAAACUCUCCGCCCGGGAUUGAACAUAUGAUAGCAGAAGAUAUUAAAAAUCCACCACCAUGGUAUAAAAAGAUCACAGAAAUUGCUGACUUCUUGACAAACUACGCCGUGAAAACCAUAAAUCAACCAAAAAUGCAGAAACUUAUGGAUGAAGAAUCUUUUGAUCUUGUCAUUCUUGGAUAUUUAAUGAAUGAUCUGGUAUUGGGUCUUGGAGCACAUUUUAAGUGUCCUGUUGUGGUCUCAUUUGUGAUCCAAACUAAUAGUGUGACCAACGAACUAGUUGGCAAUCCAAACGAAGCAAGUUAUGUACCGAGUUUAUUUCUUGGAGUCAAACAACCUAUGGGCUUUGUGGAUAGAUUUAAGAACUUUUUCGCUAUGAAUAUUGCCGAAGACUUAUUCAUGGGCAAUGUGUUUUAUUGGUAUCAAGAGGCUGCUUAUAAAAAGCUGUUCCCGCCAGAUAAAUAUCCAACUUUUGACCAAGUAAGGAAAAACGUUUCGCUAGUUUUGACGAAUCAUCACUUUAGUCAAACACCGAUUCGUCCAAAUGUCCCGGCUAUGGUAGAAAUUGGAGGAAUUCAAAUCAAAGAAAAACCAGAUCCAUUACCUGAGGAUAUAAAAGCCAUUUUAGACAAUUCAACCAAAACCGGAGUUGUUUACUUCAGUUUUGGAUCAAACGUAAAAGCAAGUAGUUUAGAAAGCUCAAAAGUCAAAAUCAUCUUUGAUGUCCUAUCGAAACUUCCACAAACUGUUCUCUGGAAAUGGGGUGAUUCCGAAUUACCUGGUACAUCACCAAACAUAGUUUACAAAAGCUGGUUACCUCAGGAUGAUGUCUUGAAUCAUAAAAAUGUCAAACUAUUCGUUACCCAUGGUGGCCUAGGUAGUGUUGUUGAGUCCCAAUAUCAUGGUGUACCAAUGGUUGGUAUUCCGCUGUUUGCUGAUCAAUCGGCUAAUAUGGAAAGUGUUGUUAAAGAUGGUUUUGGAUUAUUGUUGGACUAUCAAACUCUUAACGAGGAGGGUUUAGACAAAGCUGUUAAAGAAGUUUUGACAAAUCAAAAAUAUACCAACAAUGUUCGAAGGUUUGCAAAACUCUACAAAGAUCGCCCAAUGACAGCGAGGGAAACUGCUGUCUUUUGGGUGGAAUAUGUCCUGAGACAUCGUGGUGCUCCUCAUAUGCAAAGUCCUGCUGUUCAUUUGAAUGCAUUCCAAUUGAUGUCACUUGAUGUUAUUGGAUUUUUAUUGGCUGUGAUUUAUAUUAUUUACAAGAUUAUCAAAAUUGUAUUUAAGUUUAUGAUUGGUUUGUGUCGGAAGAAGAAAACUAAAAUAGAGUAA